AUGGCUCUCCCGCCCGAGCGACCACCUGCGACUUCGUCCACCCAAACGCGCUACCCGAGGAAAGUGUAUCGCCCAUCACAUCCUUCGGCGGCUAGAUUGCCCCGGGAGGCGCCUGCGUUGAGGCGCGGUUCGACGCUGGAGGGGUUUCGUUCCGCUCCUCCGAAUUCCGAGCAUGAGCUUUCGCCAGAUGAAGAUCUCGACUUCGACUUCGACGACCCAGAAUUCAACCAGCAAGGGCGGCCCAUCGCGGUAAACACCCGUACAACUAAGGCCGCGAAUGGGCCAUCGGGAAGCCGUGCCGCUGCACUCACUCAACCGUCCAAUUCCUCGCAGACUCGAUUGCCCAGACGCGCACGUUCCAACACUACACAUGGCCCUUCUGUCGCUGAAUACUCUCGUCACUCAACAACUACGGACGAUAUGGCCGUGCCUAUUCCCGAGACUUCCAAGAGCAAGGGAAAGGCCAAGGCGUUGACCUGCGAUCGCCCCCAGUCCCUAUCUGCGCGAGCAAUGUUCGUCGGAGAUCCAUCGUCGUCUAGCCACCAUGCCCCGCUCUCUCAAGCUACUGCUAUCCCACCGGCGCGGGCCAGGCCGUCAUUGAAGAACGACGUGUCCGCGAAGAACCCAGCGUUAUCCCGUGUUGAUCAAUCGAGCAAGACUUUCUCUUCGCCAAGCCUUGCUAGGGUACAGUCUAUACGCCCAAGGGUUAAGAUGUAUGAAGAACUUCUGUCCUCCAGCGAUGAUAUCGCGGACUCCACUCAGGUGCCUAAAUUUGGGCUUAAUGUACCUAGUGGCCUCUCGCACACAGCAACGAGAUCUACUCUCCGGAGGAGUAUGCCCGCGUCCACAAAGGACAUCCCUGCGCCUAUGCGGACGACAUUACAAACGAGCAACGCCACCGUUACAGGCUCAAUCGGUGCUGAAUCGCCGCAACCUCGGCGCACGAGCGUCACAGCGCCACGAGCAUCCCGCGCAACACGCAGCGAUGAGGUGGUCUCCGUGAACUGUCCGAGUACCUCCCUAGAGCCCCGGCAAGGCACAAGAACCCCGCCUUCUCCGCGCGCGGCUCCUUUGCUACGCUCUCGCUCAAGUGGAUCGAUAGCUGCAUCGUACUUUGACUUCGAGUCUAUAUCACCCACACCGGAGCACAGGGAGAACAUCGCCUCUCGCGACGGUCUUUCGCCUGACCCCCUCCUCCGUGCCCCACCGCCGCAUACGGCGGUGAACAGGGAGGACACCGCCUCUCUUACCCGUGGGAUGCAGUCGCGUAACCUUAACGAUCAUGCACCUGUCCUUGGACGUACCCCGAUGCCGCACUUGCCGGAGAACAGGGGGAACAUCGCAUCUCUUGCAGGUCUCUCGCCUAGUAAUCCCUUCCGCCGCACGGAGGACACUGCCUCUUCUGGCUCUGAGAGGCGUUUCAUCAUUCAUGGUGACUAUCCCUUGGACUUCACGCCGCCAAUCCUGACUCGCCGACCUACAUCGCCGUGCGAAAGCGGCCGAGACGCUAGUCCGUUGAUCAACGUCUCGUUCAAGCGCAAGCGCACCACUACGACCCAACAAGGGUCUCCCUUCUAUUCCGAGGUGUCCGUCGCUAGGUUUGCGUCGAUUCUCCCAUCGACCCCGCAUCGCGAACAGGGCUCGCCGAUCCGUGUUCCAACCACUCCCGACUGUCAACCGGAGGCUGUCUCCCUCGAAGUUCUUGAAGCGCGCGAUACCGACGAUACCGUAUACCAGUCGAACAUACGCGGUACUGCCAUCGACACAGCACAGGCAACUGUCGACGCUUCGCAGGCGCUCGAUAAGACACCGAUUCCGCCAUCAUCACCGACUGGCGUUCCAGCACCGGCUAUACCGGUAACGGAAUCCGUCGCAUGUGGGCGCAGCACGUCCUGGGCGUCAACGGGAGCCGUGCUCAAAGGGAUCACAGGCGGCUUCGGACUCCUGAAGUUCAUCAGACCAUCUCACGAUCCCGAGGCGGCGACGAAACUCAUACGGACGGAGACCGUCAAAGUCGAGAGUUUGCUCCAAGCACUACAGGAGUCUCCAAACAUCAGGGACCUGCACAUCGACGAUCUCGCCCCCCAGAGUCCUACUCGCGCGACCGGGUUUGAGAGAGAUGGGACGCGGAUAUGUCUGCCAGCGCUGAAAAGGGUCUUCAUGAAGGCGUCCUGUCCGGAGUCUUUGACCCAUUUCCUCGGUGCCAUCGCUGCUUCAUCUCAGACCGUUCAUACGUUUGAGCUCACUCUCUGCCGCGACAUCGACGUUACUGUAUGCAAGCACGCCCACGCUCAUAUGUUGGCGCGUCUUCUCACGGAGGACGGAAUCACGCACAUCGGAAUCACUCUCAAACAGUCCUGCACCGCACCCUUACAAGAGGUUCUGUUCGUGGCGUCCACCGAUCCUGCGGCGGAUCCCAAACUCACCAUCAAGUGGUGUUGGACGUCGGCUGCCGUAGGCGUAUCGCACAAGAUGAUCGUCGAAGACGUCGUGGACCUACUAUCGAGCGCUGGUCAUCACAUUACGAGUCUAUGGUUCGAUACCGCCGGUUUUCUCCCGCAACCAACGGCGGCCCACUGGCCCGAUUCUGGCCUGGAGAAGAUCAUCCGACGCUCGAUCCACCUCGAGGUCGUGGACGUUCGCGGCUUUGCCCUACCUGUGCUUGCUACAUUGUCCCUACCGGCCGGCGAGAACGAUCGCCCAGCUGACUCGAUACGGGUGCUUCGAAUCCAGGACUCCGUGACGAUCGUCGCCACCCAUUCGCGCUAUUCUGUCCUCAAGCGGGCCUAUUGGGCUCUCCGUUGGGCUUACCCGGAUAUUAAGACGACGUUUGUGGGCCGUGAACUCAUCCGUGCCGCCGAUCAAAAGAUUAUCGGACUACGAGAGUGCUUGUCUUUGGAGGCACACAAGGCCCAAUUUUUGAGCCUGCCACAGGGCAUGGCUCCUUCGGUUCUCCCGCGUCCAAUAUACGAACUAAGCGACCGGAAUGCCUAUAAGGAUGCAGCUGGUUACGUCUGCAUGGCCGCCGAAGACUCCGGGCCGUCAUCAAAGCGCCCCAAACUGGAUUGA